UCCCCGACAAUCAUCAAACAACUUUCUCACUGCUAAUAUUUUCAUCACUCGUCUCUCUUACAUACUCUCUCUCUCUCCAAAUCAAUGGGGCGAAGAAAUAUGGAAAUGGUGGUGGUGGUGCUUGGACUGUUGGCUAUGGUUCAACAGUCCAUGCAACAUAGUUUGAAAAACCCUCUGCCUUUAUUAUCCCGCAACAUGAGAACCGACGACACACCAGCAUUUGGCCUCAUUACCACUUCCUACAGCGCUGAGAAGGCACUUAUUGAGUCUGGUUUCUUUGUUCCUAUUUCAUAUACUGACUUGCUUGGAAGAAGAUUCGUGGUCGGGACAAUUUAUGGAGCCAGAGUUGUGUUUGUCAGAACCUCAGGCAGUCCAUCGGUACAUGUUGGGAUAACUGUGCAAAUUAUGGCUGACAACUUCAAUCUUGCCGGAAUUGUUCACUUUGGAAGUGCUGGAGCCACUAAUGAAUCUUUGAGCAUUGGAACUGUUUCUGUGCCCCGCUUGGUUGGCUUCACAGGAUCUUGGGAAUGGCUGAGCAAGGACUCAAACGAGCAAGGGGAACUCGUAUUUGGAGAAUUCAACUAUCCAGAAAAUGGUCAGAAUUUAUUGGGAAGUGUGAAUUUCGGUGACGUAGAAAUUUACUACAAAGGCAAACUAUACGAGGGUAACAAUUUUUGGCUGUAUCCUAGUGCAACAUGGCAACGUUACGCCUCGAGGGUUAAGAUUGAUUCAGGAGAUGUUGUCGUUGGAUUGAAUGCUUCCAGUUCUGACAUUUACGUAAAAAACCCUGCAUACAGAGAGUUCCUUUACAAGAAUUUUAGAGUUUCAACUGUCGACACUAGCAGUGCUGCUGUGAUAUUGGGAGCAAAGUCGAAUACUCUCAAGUUUAUUUCGUUCCAUGGAAUAUCAAACUACGCAGGAGCUGGGAAUUCAACGGAGAGUGCUACUGAAUUGGCCAACAAAAAUGUUGUUAAAGCUGUAAUUAACUUUAUUUGGCAAGCCACUGUUCCUCGCUAUGCUCAUGAAGCAGAUGCCUAAAUUUUUGUAUCCAGCGGUUGGUUUUCUCUUUUGAGUACUAAAUAAAUGCUACGCCCAGAUGUACUGUAAUGGGUUAAUUUCGUUGUGGCAGUGAAGUAAUAUGUUGUUUA